AAAGUUAUCCACUGGUUGAGCUUGGGAGGGAAUGGCCUCGCUCGCCAUCGGCUUCUUCGUCUCUGCGCAGGCACGCCCUUCGACUAGGAACCCCACAAAGGGCCUUCCUCGAAAAUCUAAACCUAAGCUCAAGGCGCGCCCGAGGGUGAAGGAAGCGGCGGCGCCGUCCUCCUCUACUCGCCGGCCAUCCGCCGGCGAGGAGGCCACUACCUGGACGGUACUUCCUCCGAGGGACGACUUCCUUACUGCCGAAUUCUCCGUCCCCGGUGAGAUAAAGCUCGCCGAUUUGUCGACGGUUCCCGUUCUCCCGGAAUUUGAAGGGGUAAGCACGUCCGGUACUAUGGCCCAGUCGUCUGGUUCUGGCACCGCCAAUGAGGCUGAAUUUGAUGAGGAAGAGCGGCUUUGGAACGAUCUAGGAUUUCGAAUUGACGAUGAUGAUGGGGAGAUUGGUGAAGUUGAUGAUGAGGACGAAGAGGAAGAGGACGAUGAUGAUGCUGGAGUCUAUUUGGAUUAUGGGGAUGAUAGAGACGAUUCAUCCGGGGAAGGCAUAGAGGAGAAGGAGAAAGGGGUUCCUGCGGUGAUGAGGUGCUUCGACCGGGCGAAGAUUUACGUGAAAGCGGGUGAUGGCGGGAACGGGGUGGUGGCUUUCAGGCGAGAGAAGUAUGUUCCCUUCGGUGGUCCGGCCGGAGGGGACGGUGGGCGGGGCGGGAAUGUCUUUUUGGAAGUGGACGGAUCCAUGAAUUCUCUGUUGCCUUUCCGCAAGGCUGUUCAUUUUCGGGCAGGGAAGGGGGGUAAUGGGCAAGGGCGAAACCAGGCUGGAGCAAAAGGAGAAGAUGUCGUGGUUAAGGUGGCACCGGGAACGGUGGUCAGAGAAGCAGGCAGUGAUCUGGGGGAAGGGGAGGUGCUGUUGGAAUUGAUGCAUCCUGGCCAGCGAGCGUUGCUUCUACCAGGCGGGCGAGGUGGGCGAGGCAAUGCGUCGUUCAAGUCAGGGACAAACAGAGUUCCCAAAAUUUCUGAGAAGGGAGAAGAAGGUGCAGAAAUGUGGUUGGAUUUGGAACUGAAACUGGUGGCUGAUGUUGGGAUAGUAGGAGCCCCAAAUGCUGGAAAGAGCACUCUACUCAGUGCCAUUAGUGCUGCUCAACCGGCCAUUGCGAACUAUCCAUUUACAACCUUACUUCCAAACCUGGGUGUAGUUUCUUUUGAUUAUGAUUCUACAGUGGUGGUUGCCGAUCUCCCUGGUUUGCUUGAAGGUGCCCACUUGGGCUAUGGUCUAGGCCAUGAAUUUUUGCGGCAUUCUGAACGGUGUUCUGUGCUGGUACAUGUCAUUGAUGGUACUUCAGAGCAGCCAACUUACGAAUUUGAUGCUAUAAGAUUGGAGUUAGAGUUAUUCAGUCCUGCUCUUGCAGAUAAACCUUUUAUCGUUGCAUUUAACAAAAUUGAUCUUUCAGAGGCAUCUGAGAGGUGGGCUUCAUUUGAACAAGAUUUGCUUGCUCGGGGUAUCCGUCCUUUCUGCAUGAGUGCAAUGAAUAGGCAAGGCAGUUAUGAAGUGAUUUGUGCAGCGUAUGAACUCCUGAAGAAAGCACGGCAAUCGAGUCCUGAGGUUGAAGGUGUUGUAGAUUCUGUAAACUUGAAUCAUGUAGCAGAUGCAAUCACUAGACAACGAAAUGCUGCCAUGGAUGAAUUUGAACUCUUUUAUGAUAGCAGUUCUAGUACAUGGCACGUAACUGGAGCUGGAUUGAAACGCUUUGUCCAAAUGACUAAUUGGCAGUAUGCAGAGUCCAUGAGAAGGUUCCAGCAUGUGUUGGAGGCCUGUGGUGUUCACAAAGCCCUCAUCAAGCAAGGAGUCAAGGAAGGUGACACAGUGAAUGUAUGUGAGAUGGAAAUGGUGUGGCAUGAUUCUGGUGGCAAGGUCGGCGCUGCAAAUAAAAAAACAGAAUCAACAGAAUCGAUCAGAUCGCCCCAGCGAAAAUAGUCGCACAUGAGCAAGAACUAAAGCAUCUACAACAAAUGCCUGCUUACUAUACUUUUUCUUCGGCUGGUUGCGUCAUCAGCAUUUGAUCGCAAGACACCACGUGCAGAAAUAUGUAGAAUGAUGAUCUUACGGGUGUACUGAUCACAUCUCAGCGUCAGAUGCACGAGCAAGAAUAUUUAUGCAUGGUCACCCGUACUUGUUGUAUCCAUAGAUAGAAAUAAAUUUAUGGCCGUAUUAAAUUCAUAACAUGGUAUAUAGUUCACUGGCCGGCACACCAUUGAGUUCUAUAUACCUGCAGAGUCUGUAAUUUAGCACUGGUCCGUAAGGUGGCCUUCAUGGGUGCCAUUUAUGCAUGUUUCUUCUACCCCUGAAGGGGACUGAAUUAUUCUUUUGCAGGAGGAAAUUUGGGGAACUAGACCAA